UUUCCCACCUGCGCCUUCCCUGUCACGCGCUGGCAGUGCUGGCGAUUUGACACAGCAGAGUGCGUCUGGGCUUUUACACUCUCGGUGUAGAGUUUUAUCACGGAGACAAGAAAUGAAUUGCAGAAGCAACUGAGUGCAUUUGAACGUUAAUUGGAUCGUGUAGAAUCGAGAAAACGAGUGUGUGCAACCAUCCAUCUCCAUCAUCAUGGCCGAGGACAACUCCUGGAAGACGAGCAACUUUCGCCAAAGCGUCGUUAACAAGAUCAAUGAGGCCAUCCAGCAGACGGGCAUGACAUCGUCGAAGAAUGGCAUCGAGAUGGAAAACCAUGUGUUUCACAAGGCUCGCAACAAGGAUGAGUAUCUCGGGUUUGUCGCCCGCCUGAUACUGCACGUACGUGAGAUGAACACGAAGCACAAAAACCAACAGAAUGCGGCAGCAGCGGCAGCGGCGGCGGCACAGCAGGCCCAGCAGGACGGUGGCGGCAACAGCAGCCAGCAGGGCGGUGGUGGUGGAGGGGGCGGUAGCGGUAUGCCCGAUCCCAUCAAUGCCCUGCAGAACCUUGCGUCGCAGGGCACCCGGCCACAGAUGAUGGGCCAGAUGGGCGUAGGACCGGGCGGUCCCAUGGGGGGACAGAUGGGUGGUGCUGGGCAGGCGUCCAAUCUGCUGCACUCGCUGCGUCCGCAGAUGCAGAUGGGUGGCAUGGGUGGCCCGAUGCAGGGUAACCGGGUGGGCAUGGGGCCGGGCAAUCAGAUGGGUGGCAUGAUGGGUGGCCCGAACCAGAUGCAGGGUCCAGGCGCCGGGAUGGUCGGUGGAAUGCCGGGUCAGAUGGGUGUGGGGAUGGGGCCGGGCGGCAUGAGCGGUGGCAAGAUCGUGGGAAUGGGCGGUCAGCAGCAGCAGAUGGCCCAGCUGAACGCAAUGCAGGUCAACCAGAUGCAGCAGGCCCAACAGCAGCAGCAACAGCAGCAAGGCGGCAUGUCACAGCCGCAGCAGCAGCAGCAGCAGCAACAACAGCAGCAGGGAGGCAUUGCCCAAGGACAGGGCGGACCCGUGCAGCAGAUGGGCGUAGGCCCCGGUGGGCCAAACCAGAUGAACCCGAUGGUGAUGGGACAGAUACAGGCGCAACUGCAGAACCAGAACGCAAUGGGUGGACAGCAAAUGGGGACGGUUGGCGGUACGAUGAACGCCGGCAACCAAAUGGGCCAGAUGGUUGGUGCGAACGCCGGCAUGAAUCCGCAGGCAAUGGGAAUGGCCUCGAACCAGGUGGUUCGCCAGCAACAGCUACAGCAGCAGGGUAUGGGCCAGGUGCAGAUGGGCCUUGGGCCCGGCCAGAUGGGCCAGCUGAGUGCGGGCGUGCAGGGUGGCGUUGGACACGGUGGCCCCGCCAUGCAGCAGCAGCAACAGUCUGGCGGAAUGGGCCCUGGCGCCGGCCCGAAUCAAAUGAACCCUGGCGUAGCAAUGGGGCCUGGCGGAGUGGUGGGCCCUGCCGGCGGUGGCGGUGUAAUGGGCCCCGGCCCGAACCAGAUGCUCGGAGCGGGUGGUGCCGGCGGACCGGGAGCGGGCCAGCAGGGAAAUUUCGUUGGAAUGGGAGCGAACGCGAUGGUGCGCAAGCCGCCGGAAAUGAUGCCGGGCGGAAACGUGUACCCGGGCAGUGGUGGAGCGGUGCGCAGCGUGACGCCCAAUAACUUCCUGCGCCAGUCGCCUUCCCCGUCCGUGCCGUCGCCGGUCGGUCCGGGAGCUCACGGUCCGCCGUCCCAUCCGGGACAGAUGAUACCCUCGCCGGCCCUGAUCCCAUCGCCCAACCCGCACAUGGGCGGGGUGGCCCAACGUUCUACGAUCGGCCAGUCGCCCGGCGGCUCGUUAAACACGCCCGGCCAGCCGGGUGGCGCCGUGCCCAGCCCGCUAAACCCGCAGGACGAGCAGCUGUACCGUGAGAAGUAUCGCGCCCUCACCAAGUACAUCGAGCCGCUGAAACGGAUGAUCGCAAAGAUGGAAAACGACGAUAUCGAUAAGAUUGCGAAGAUGAAACGGUUGCUAGAAAUUCUCAGCAAUCCGAGCGUUCGCAUCCCGCUCGAGACGCUGCACAAAUGUGAGGCCGCGUUAACGAGCCAGCUGGGAUCGAUCCGUGAAACGCCAACGAACAACCCGCUGGUCGAGGCCGUCUCGAGCAGUCUGCAGGCUGCCACGGGCAACCACACCCUGCAGCGUACCUUCCGCCCCUGUCUGGAAGCGCUGUUCGGGCCGGAUAUUAAAAAUUUGCCCCCGCCGGCAAAGCAAUCCCGACUGGCGCUGGACGAUACGGGCGCCGCCGGUGGAACGGGUGGCGGAGUGACUACCGGUGGGGCGACUACCACCACCACCAGCACCACGACAGCGGCCGCUACCACUGGAAGUGCAUCGUCUACCACCAGCACCACCGCCAGCAGCACCACUGCACCGCAGGAGAUACCACACAUUCUGCAGGGCGAAAUCGCUCGGCUGGAUCAGAAGUUCAAGGUAUCGCUGGACCAGUGCGCCAUCAGCGGUACGCGCACGAUCAAGCUAAUCUGCUGGCUGGACGAUAAAAAUCUGCCCUGCGUGCCGCCGGUCGCCGUCACCAUCCCGGAGGACUACCCAUCGACCGCCCCGAGCUGUUCGCUGAUCGAGCAAGAGUAUAACGCGACGCCAUUCCUGAUACUGGUGCAGAAAUCGCUGAUGGCGCGCAUCUGCAAGCUGCCGGGACUGUUCACGCUAUCGCAUCUGCUCGACACGUGGGAAAUGUCGGUCAGGCAGGCGUGCUCGCCAAAUCCAACGAUUGUAGCACCCACCGGCACAAGCGUACUGCUGGGCAUGUAAUGUAAAAUAAUGAAGCCGAACGCCGAGGUGGAGAGUGCACAAUAGAAGAGAAUUUUAUAUUACCGCCCACAAGAAUACGCAAGUGCGUGCGGCCAAACGGAUUUAUUGUGCAUGUAAUAUAACCGAUUGAACCAUUUUUAAAUCAA